GAAGUGCAACGCGAAACAUCACACGUUGCUGCAAGAAGAUUCGCGGCCCAGUGCAAGUACCGCACAGGCAAACGUAGCUAGCUUAUCCGCGCAAACAGCAGCAAACGGUCUACUAUCAACCGCGAUAGUAGACGUCACCGACAAAUUCGGUCGUACACAUUCGUGCAGAGCUUUGAUCGAUCCGGGUUCGCAGUCUCACUUUCUGAGUAAACCUUUAGCUCAAAAGUUGCAGCUCGAUCGAAAAGAAGUAAACGUGCCGGUACAGGGUAUACACAGUAUGAGGAAGCUGAUACCAGAAUCUGUAACCAUCACGGUACAAUCGCGACGUACAGAUUUCACGAUAAACAUAGAUUGCCUAGUGUUAGACUCUCUAAACCACAUUUUACCAGCUCGAUACAUCAACAGAAAAAACCUCGAAAUUCCGAAAACUAUCAAACUCGCAGAUCCACGAUUUCAUAAACCAGGUCCAAUUGAUUUAAUAAUAGGCGCGGAAAUUUACCACGAAUUUAUUUCAGCAGGUAAAAUUUCACUCGCGAACAAUUCCGGCGCCUUAUUAAAGACAAAAUUCGGGUGGAUAAUCAUUGGCAGAAUGCACGACGGAUUUCCUCACGGUACCAUCUGCAAUUUAUCCACUCACGCGCUCGAUCAAACAAUUAAAAAAUUCUGGGAGAUCGAGGAAGCUCCCACGAAGAAACUGUUUUCGGACGAAGAAUCCGCGGCUGAAAACCAUUAUAAACAGCACACGCGACGCGAUUCCGAUUCCGGAAAAUACAUUGUUAGUCUUCCCUUUAAGGAAGAACACGCACUUGGCGAUUCAUACGCAACCGCUCUCAAACGAUUUUACUCACUCGAGAAAAACCUCGCGAAAAACACGGACCGCAAGCAGCUAUACGUUGAUUUCAUGAACGAGUAUGCUGUCUUGGGUCAUAUGUCCGAACAACAACACGACAAUAAACGUGAGAGCUAUUAUCUGCCGCAUCACGCAGUAUUCAAGGAGAGUAGCCUCACUACGAAGCUCCGCGUUGUUUUCGACGGUUCGGCGCGCACAGCUUCAGGAAAAUCGUUAAACGACACGCUCAUGGUUGGCCCCACAAUACAAGACGAUCUUUUCGCGUUAAUAAUUCGCUUUCGCUCGCACACAUACGUCUUAACCGCGGACAUCACCAAAACGUACCGACAGACGUGGAUUCAUCCAGACGAUCGCCAAUGUCAAAAGAUAUUGUGGCGAGAUGAUCCAAUCAAACCCAUCAAGACCGACACACUCAACACAGUGACAUACGGAACAUCCGCGGCACCGUUUCUGGCGAUACACUCGCUUCAUCAAUUAGCCGAUGACGAGGCGUCUCUAUUUCCGAAGGGAGCAGCCAUAAUGAAAGCAGAUCUUUACGUCGACGACUUAUUAACUGGAGCACGAUUAAUAGGACCAGUAAUAGUAUGGGCGAAACUUCUGAUGCAACGACUGUGGCAAUUACGCGUGGAUUAG